AUGCCGGUGGCUGAGCUCACCUUCCGCCGGGCCAUGAUCAACAUUGCCGAUGCUGGGCGCUUGGGCGAGGGUGAGGACCUGAACGACGCUCUCCUGGACUUCUUUAUGAGGUUAGGCCAAUAUCUUAUCCCAAAAGGCGGUGAGAACGAAGCGCCAGUGUCUUACCUUGGUGCCAUCUUCUUCAAGCAGUUGCGGAGUGCCUUCGCCAACUCGGGAGAGGAAGGCUGGAAGAACGUGAUGAACUGGGCCAAGCGAAAAGCUGGUGGAUUGUUCAAGCCUGCCUUCGCUGCUUUUGCAGUGCCCAUCAACGAGGACCUGAAAGAUGAGAAGGGUCAGGAGGCGGGAAACCAUUGGUGGCUGGCGCUGGUGCUCAACCCCCAAGGGGGAGCCCGCGGCGAACCCACUGCGGUCAUGUGCCUCGAUUCUAUGCAGCGGCGCGAGAAGGUGCUGGAUCCGCCGUUGACUGGAAGCUUAAAAGGCAGUGUGAAUAGAUACACCUUGGAAGUGCGGAAGGUGGAACAAGCCGGCUAUUUGGUCAUUGUUAGCUUCAAAGCUAAAGGCGAUGGCAGUAUGGGGCCUUUGCCCAAACCGGGCGCGUCCAAACUCGUCGCCGAUGGAGUAGAGUGUAAAAACCCAGAGAUUGGUUUGAGGAUCAACAUGGGUGGCGAUGAUGAUGUGGCUGGUGAGUACGAGGGGACCUUGAGCUUUGCGUUGGAUGGCAGGGUUCGGUCCUCUACCUUCGUAUUACACUACGGAGAGGGUGGCUACACGCCCAUCACCUUGCAGUUUGACCCUUUCGCACUGACCAAGCUGCAGAAGGAUGUCUCUCGCUAUGUGGGCGGCUAUCUUGCCAAGGAGUGGGAGGUGAACGGUCCUGAUCGAAAGAAGCGCUAUGAGAAAACUUCGGCUCGCGCCUUGGUUGCGGAUGUGCAUCAGCAGGAAAAUUUGAACGACUGCGGUGUGUUCGUCUUGGAAAACAUGUUGCGGUCCUUAUCGAUGAAGAAAGACUUCCUGAAGCAGAUGUCUUCGGCCACGCCCAAGGUGGACCCAGCACCCCAGCUAUUGUGGAUACUGUACUUAUAUCCGCGAUGA